AUGAACAAUGGUCGAUCCCGUAAGAGAAAGAUCAAGAAUACGAGCAAUGGUCAGUCCCGUAAGAAAAAGAACAAGAUCAAUGAGAAAUCCCGUAGCAGUUGGCAGACACCGCCGGACGAUAUCAUCCAGUGCAUUCUACAGCGUCUGACUAUAUGGGAUCGAAUACAGGUAAGGAUGGUGUGCCAGUCUUGGAGGUCAGUUUCUAUGCGAAAACACAUUCGUAGCUAUCCAAACGAAGCCCCCUGGUUACUAAUGCGUUCACUUAAAUCCCCAGUUUUCAGCAAUUACGAUCACAUAGUCUUUUUCAGCCUCUCGGAUAGAAAAACUCUUAAAUUGACGCUGCCUAGGGCAAUUCGGGAGGGAUGGGUUUAUGGAUCUUCUAAAGAUUGGUUGAUUAUUGUCAAGGGGGCAUACUCUACAAUGUUUCUGCUAAACCCUAUUUCAGGUGCCCUAUCGAAACUGCCAUGUUUGAGCAGUGUUUUCUCUGGCUUUGGAGCUCUCAAAGAGUUGAAGGGAGAGUUGGACACACAAGUCAUGAACGAUUUCUGUAACCGAGUUGCAUUAUCGAGCUCCGAUAUUUUUGCAGAGCAAUGUAUGGUCGGAGCAAUUUUUAGGGAUCGUAUUGUAGCUGUUUGCAGACCUGGAGACAAAAGAUGGAAAAAAGUCCUGGAGUUCGAGCAAUCUGAAGAUGCGCCGAAGCUUUGUGAUAUAGCGUUUUCUUCUGGUAUGCUGUAUGUCUUGGUUAAAUAUAGUGAUGUUGAUGUUGCAAGCCGAGCUACAAUGUUUACAGGUAACGAGGUGGAAAUAAGAUAA